GUUUAAAAACAUUUUUUUGUACCGCUAGCAUUCUCGUCAAAGACGUAGGCUACUAAUACAACUGUCGGUAAUAAUUCUGGUUAAACACUUCAGAAACUAUUUGAGAAACAGAUGGAUUUAGAUGGUGCUUACAUUGAACCCUUGCUCGACGAAUGGCUAAAGGAUCUACAAACAGUCAUUAAACAAGAAGAGGACCUUGUUAAAGCUAAUGAUGAAUUUUACAUGCCAUUUGUAGCACUACCAAUUUCAGUUGUCAGUGUCAUUUUUAAGUUAUCAGACUACCUGAAUUUGGAUUCACAUACCAGAUAUAUUGCCAUUCAUUUGUAUGACAAAUUUAUGUGCAAGUAUUUUUGGCAAGUGUACAAAGUCGAUAUCACAAAUCACACAGACAGUUCUUGGACUCAAGUAUGCAAAAAGAUAUCCGGUCAAUCGAAAUUGUACCUUGUUUGCUGUUUGCAGUUAGCUAGUAAAAUGGACUCGCAUUCUAAGAAAUUAGGAAUUUCUCAAGUACUUAGCACUUUACAAUCGAUAGACAAUAAAACUAAAUACAAUCGUAGCAUAAUUUUUUCAUCAGAGUUAACAAUACUAAAAAUGAUGGACUUUAAGAUACCGAUUUGUACCUCAUUAAAUUGUGUAGAGGUACUUCUAGCAGCCACAGGCCUGCGAAAUACACCUAACAUGGAAAAUUUAUCGGUGACUCUAUUAGACUUAAUAUAUUUACAGCGAGAGAAGCUGUAUUCUCAUCUCCAGUGCCUGGCUCAAGGACACAUCGCAAAGACUGAUCAAGAGAAGAGGAGUCUCAUGACCCUAGAAUCAAAUUCAUUAUUUCUAGCAGCUGCGGUCGUUCUCUGCGGGACAUUUUUUACUAAUAUAAAUGCUCAAACAGCGAAAGUCAUCGCCUCCAAGUUGUCUAACUUGGUGGACAUAGAAGCAGACAAUAUUUGGGAUAUGGCCAAUAUCCUUCUUGUACUGGCAAUUCAAGAAUAAAUGAAAUUUUAGAAA